GAACACAUGUGAAAGCUAGCUACAUGUGCUACUUCUUCACGUUUCGCCACCGGAAGCCUUCACCGGCGCCAGCUCGCUCGUCUCCGACCCGACCCGAGGGGGACCGACCUGAAGCCGGCCGAUGUUGAGUGCCUCCGACCCGUAUUAUGUGGCCAAGGAGGAAGUGGCCAAAGCCAUGGAGAAACUCCAAGGCCUUCAUCAAGACUGGAAGAGGUCGCUGCAGGCGGAGGAUACGGCACGGUCUCACCGCUUCCAGCAACUUCACGAAGAGAUCACAGGGGAGUUGGAGCAGCUGGGACUUGACUUGGAUGAUAUCCACGCCACCAUCAGCAUGGUCGAAGGGAAUCGCAGUAAAUUCCAAGUGAGCGACGGCGAGCUGGCGAGUCGGAAGCGCUUUGCGAACGACUGCCACAAGACCUUGGAGGAGUUGCAGAAGGAUGUCCGUGGGCCACAGACUCGGAUGAAGCUCGAGAACGACAAGAAGGCACUGCUGUCUUCGGCCGCCUCCAGUGCUCGCAGCAGAGAAGAGCGCCAGAGGAGUGCUAUGCAGGAGAACCAGGCGUUUCUGGAUCGCCAGCGGCAGCAGCAGAUGCAGAUGACUGCACAACAGGAUGAGGACUUGGAGAUGCUCUCACUGAGUGCUCAGCGCCUGGGAAACACGGCUCAGCGGCUCGGACCAGCUGACAGUGGACUGCUCCACCUGUCAGUGCUGCUGCUGCUGCUGCACUGCGCCCGGGAAGAUUUACAACCUGAAAAUGGAGCUUUGUAAGACGACUUUCCUCUACAACCCGACGUGGUUUUGAGGUUCCACGUUGAUCUUCCAGGGCACAUCUCGGCUGGUUGAUUGGUUGGAGACCACGACUGUCACGUGUACAACCAUUCGGUGCACGGUCGAGUCUUAUCCCUUUAGCAGUGUUGUAGAUGGCUGGGACCGAAUGGCCUGGACAGCUCCACAGCUCUGCCGUUUCCCUUUAAACCUCGCGGUCCGCGAGGUUUGAGCUUUCGUGAAGGAAUCGAGUGGAUAGACAGUUUUCAUGAACAUCAGGACGCCGGUCCGUCCAAUCGAAGCGUCCAAUUGAAAGAAAGAAAGAAAGAACAUCAGGAUGGACUUUGGGAUUGCCACGAUGUACUUGGGAUUCAAAACAUCGAUCUCCCGUGACGUGCAGCGACGCGUGCAGCGCCUCGUGGAGCUGCUAACCCUGC